GCUACUCGUCUUGCACCAGAGAUUAUGUCACAGCUCAAAGCAUUUAUUGAGCAGUGUGUGAUAAAUCCUUCGAUAUUAAACAAUCCAGAAUAUGAUUUUUUAAAAUCAUUUAUUGAACUCUUUGGAGGAAGAGUACCCAAAGGUAAUGCAGAUGAAUCACAGAGCAAAAAAGUCAGAAAAUACAGAGGGCUUCAAAACGUCGGAAGCUGAAUCUAAACUAGAAUUAGAAAGCGACGAGAGUGACUUAGAACUGGAUAUGAGUGGUGUUAUCAAACUUGAUGCAGAUGCUCCACAAAAGAUGGGAAAUCUUACCUUACAACUACCAGUUAAAAAAGUUGCAGAGUCUCAAACCAAACGUUCUAAAGCUGUGUCAGCAUUUGCAGAAAAAGAUUAUGAGAAAGCCAUAAUACUCUGUACAGAAGCAAUUGUGCUGAAUCCACAGGCAUCGUUACUUUAUGCCGAACGUGGACAAGUAUUCUUGCUGUUGAACAGGCCUAAUGCUUGCAUAGUAGAAGCAGCUAGCGAUUUGAGACUUGCUUGUAAAUUUGACUUUGAUGAACAGACUGAUGAAUGGCUGCACGAAGUUACACCAAAUGCCCGAAAGAUCGAGGAACACAAACGGAAAAAGGACCGCAAGACAAAUGAAAAACUCGAACGCGAUAAACUGAAAAAAGCGCAGAGAAACGCAAAAGCUAUAGAAAGAAUUUUUAUUGAUCAGUUUAGAGAAUGCAUUGUUGUCCCUCCUUCUCAAACCACAAAGGAUUGUUUCAAAUCCUUGGAUGACGCAGACGUUUCAGAAAUAUAUACAGGAUCCGGAAGUAAUGGCUAUGCUCAACGAAAUCGAUGUGAAUCCAAUGAGUUACAAGUAUGGAAAUCAUCCGAAACUACUGGGGCUUAUUGACACGGUAACUUGUAACCCUGAGGAACAUGAUGGCAUGCCAGGUGGUAUGCCUGGUUUCUCGGGUGCUGAAGGUGCAUCACGACCGAGUGCUCCAAAGCCACAACCGCAGGACGACGAUGGCCUCGGUUAAAUGACUAUGCUCGUUCGCGAAAUUCCUUCUCCAUUUAUCCUCCUAUAAUAAUACAGCGAUCCAGGUCCCUUUGUACUAAAGCGAUCUACGCUCAGAACUGCUCGAAUUAUAAAUCUAGUUGAAAUCUAGUUGGCUACUAUUUAUUCGAAAUGAACUAUAUUCUGACGGGAAUCAAUUCCAGAAUUAUGCGAGAGCAAUGUAACUAUAGUAGUUCGAUUACAGAGUAUCGAAACGAUGAUCGUAUUUUAAAUAUGAAGUAUAUCAAUAUUUGUUACUAAACAAACGUCCAAUAUUCCCGUGUACCAAUAACGUUCUUCGCUAUACUUGUCAGUUAACAAAGUAGUUUUACUACGUUCCAGCUCGAUUCUUUUUAAAGAUAAUAUUCAUUGAUUUCGAAGAGAAGGAAUCAUUCUGGUGUUUUUUUUAUCUGUUCUUUUUUUUAUUACUUUUUUACCCUAGAGUUCGUUUCUAUUGAAUUCUGUUUUUAAUUUCGUUCCGUAAGUGUUAAACAUAUUUUCACUAAUUACAGUCGACUGCUGCGUGAUUAAACAUUCGUCCGACAACGAAAUAUUUGAUUGUUUUUUUUAUUAUUGUUAUCUUUAUUAUUAUUUUAUAUUAUUUAGCUCUACACUUGCUACACGCUAUCGCCUACGUUAAGCGUUUCACGCGACACUUUGUUCACUUUGUUCGAAGAAAAAUAAUACUCGAUGCGUUGAUUAAAAAUGAAUGCGUUCUAGCACGAUACAUAGAAAAAUAUACACGAGAUUAGUUUUCAACGUGAAAUGUACUGAUAGAUCUUCGCUGAUCGAUAAGAAGACAGCAGAUCGAAAUUGUACAUACCUAUAGAAGAGAAAAAGUAUGCUUUUUGUGAAACAUCAUGAACAAACACAAUGGAAAAUAUUCGCUAGACCGACAGUUUUCGUAUUUUUAUAAGUGCCCGUGAAAGACAAUGAAAUAUAAUCUCAGAUGAACUCGGUCAUUACGAUACGUUACUGUUAAAUCCAUUAUCAUUAUUGAAAUAUUUUUUAAACGGAUUUUCUGU